CAGUACACUGACUGUAGGUUGACCAGAGAGAGAGUUAUGAUAUUUUGACAGAUGUAAAUAUUAAUGUGGAGGUGCUUUUACUAUGCAAACUACAGUAUGUAAACUAGUGGCAACUGGGAAAGAUGACGUUAGUGUAUUUCCAUAUAGGCAGCGGUCAGGGAAGGGAGAUAAGUGUAAAUACAGCUGUAGAUGGGAGAGGGCGUCAUUUUAAUAUUAUUGUUGAGAGAAAAAAAACAACAAGUAAAGAUGCUGUGGAGUCUAUUGUUCAUCUCUCUGAUCGCUCUCUGCAACGCAGAAGAUGAAACUGAACUGAACGGGACAACAUCCCAGUCAACAGUCUACAAAGAUUUAGGUGUCCCAUACGUUUCUACAAGAGCAAUUGAUGGGAAUCAGACGAAAUGUGCUCACACCCUUGAAAAGAUCAACUCCUGGUGGAGAAUUGACUUGCUGGGUGUCUACACAAUUUCUUCUAUCAGUAUCUACAACGUUGACCAGGAUAAUUCUAAUAUAACCGGUUCUCGGAUCUACAUUGGGUACUCUCGUAAGGAGAACGGUACCACCAACCGCAUAUGUAAAAACAUCACAUACUUCAAGAAAGGCCAUUGGAAUAACUUUACUUGUAAUGCAAGCUUGUCAGGACGCUACAUCACUGUGUCCCGCCCGGAAAAAAAAAAUUUAAUUCUGUGUGAAGUGAAGAUCUUCGGCACAAAAAAAGAAUCACCCUUUCAACUGAUCAGAGAGAACAAGACGUGGGAAGAUGCCCUGUACCACUGCAGGGAACAAGACAAGGACCUGGCUUCCAUUGUUGACGAAGACACCCAGGCCUGGGCUGAGUUGCAUGCCAAGGAUGCCGACACUCGCUUUGUGUGGCUGGGUCUUCGCUACACCUGCACCCUCGGGUUCUGGUUCUGGGUCGAUGAUCAGCGCGUAGACUUUACUCGCUGGGGUCAAAACGGUAAGGAAGAGCAGUGUGACAUGAGUGGUGUCAUGAAUAAACAUGAGGACCAUCUCUGGUUCAGCAAGCCUGACUACGAGACGUAUAAUUUCAUCUGCGCAGAGAUAUAGAGAAAUCAAUGUUUGGAAGAGGGUCAGAGGUGGCAUUGUUGUUUUGUGACAAAUUCUCCUUCUAAUGUGUGUUGUAGGUGGGUUUUUUUUUUUAGUAACUACACGAUUUAUGUAAUUAGUUUCACCCUGUGUUUUAGGCCAUGCAUGCACUUGCUUUUUAAAAUGUUUGAAAUGUGUUUAAAGAUGUGUCACUAUAUCCUUCAUGUGUAAUUCAUGAUACUGUGAUAUAAUAAUAAUAAUAAUAAGAUAGCAUCAUUUUUUUGCUGUUGUAAGACUUUUGCCUCCACUGUUUCAAACAUUUAAUUAUUGAUGUUAGAGGUUUUUUUUCAUUCUCUUCUUGAAAAUGGAUGCUGACAUUUGAAUGGACUAUCCAUAUUGUGUUGAUUAAUUCUGAUAUGAAAACAAUAUACUAAUUCAAAAAUGUUUGAGAUGUCUUUCAAAUACACAUCAAUUUUAAUUUUAAUGUAUUUUGUAAACCUUUG